AUGGCGGACAAACAGUCAAAAGAGGUUGUUAUUUCGACCUCAUCUUCUGUCAAACUGUCACGAUGGCGGGUUUCCGCUGGAUCAGAAGUUAGAGAAGGAAGUGUCCUUUGUUUUUAUGAAGUUUCUGGCAAAGCAGAGAGGACUGGAUCGUUUGUAACUCAGCCAAAACUCAAAUCCGCUUUUACUGGUAAAGUCCGUGAGCUGCUCGUUGCUGAGGGGGACAUCGUCCCCGCAGGGUAAGGCCAAAUCAUAGAGCACCAGACAUACAGAUCGUAAAAAGUAACGGAGAGUUUUUCCAGAUACCAAAAGAAGUUAUUUAUCAUGUUUUCUUGGAAAUACCACGUUGAGAUUGCACAUAAACUUCAGCUCACAUGCUUUCGAUGAGGUUGUUUUUGUUCAGGUCGUCUCUAUUUGAUUAAUCAAGGGUUUACAGCGCUCGAUUUUCGUCCCUAUUGUUACAGCCUGGUCGCUUAGAUUUUUAGAGAAUAACUUGUUUAAGGUGUUGGAAUGAUCAGAGGAUAUGGAUUUCAGCACGUUUUAAUGGUAUAAAGCAAUCUGCGCAGCCUGCGAAUUGUUUCAGCAAUUAAGACACUUUUGAACUUGAUGGUGACAUUUUUGUAAUGACAAGUUGUUGACAGGCGAAACUGGCAGACUGUGUUGCAUGAUUGCGAAUCUUGGUAGCUUUCGGAAGAGCUUAGAUGUCUCUUGAUCGUUGUAUUGUUGGGUAUUUUUACUGCCUUUGCGAUGUGGAAACGUGGUAUCAACUCGUGAUCAAGUAAAUGUCGUGUUAGAGCGAGUUUUGAUUUAUCUCAGUUUCGUUAGAUUUGAUUGGACAUUGACCGACCAAUCCUGAAUUUUCUUAAAUUUUCCUCUUUUUUUGGCAAUAUUAUUGUAGAAUUUUAAUGACGUGAAUUGAAUACUAGAUUUUAAAAAGACAUUUUACAUACAUGUACUAGUUUAAAGGUCCCAGCUGUUUCACACAUGACUUGGCCUGCUUCAAACACCACAGUCUUUGGGGCAAAUUAAAGUUAUUUUUAAAAGUUCCCCAACAUUUGACUGUUCAUCUAGAAAUCAUUAUGCUGGAACCCUUAAAGGCAGAAGGCUUAAAAUAAUUACCGGUAUAAGGAAAAGCUAAAUAGAUGAGAUACAUACUGCAGACACAGUCAGGGUUUUUGGGUGAAUUACACAGUGUAUCUAUAGGUUUUUUAAAACUGUAUGGUAUCUUUCACCUGCAAUAACCAAUGAUUUUGAGGUACACUAUACUACACCUUUCUCCAUUUUGUUUUUAUUCAUUGCAAACUGGAGGAAUUUUGGGUAUUUUUAUAUUAUAAUGUUAUGUUAUUUUUGCCAGGCAGAAUAGUAUCCUACAUCAACCCCCCCCCCCCCCCAAAAAAAAAAAAAAAACUGGCUGACCUUGAUACUGGAAGAGUUUUGGGUAUGUUCUCUACAAUCCUCAGAAUUUGAAGAAAGAACAGAACGCUUCUCAAUUUAGAAAGCAUGCUUUGAUCAGUAGUUUAUAUUGUCUUAAUUUUGUCGAUAAAGACUGACUAAUAAAUUCAUAGUUAUCUCAGGGAUUUGUUCAACUUAAGUUUUACAUAUUCAAGGCUGUGCUCUAAGGAAAAUUCUAGGGAGCCCAACGCUCUGUAUUUGAGUAACACAGGGUACCCAGCUGAUGAUUUCUACGCAAGAAUUGAGAUUUCCUAGUGUCGCCCAAAAGCAAAAGUAUGGCACCAGGGGCCAACAGGUGCUGUUAGAGUACGUAGCCCUGAAUUUCGUUUGAUUUUUCAGGGCACCUGUAUUGCUGAUAGAUAAAGCAACCGAGUGUGAGCACAAGAUGGUCAUGAAGGAUCUCUGCUGUGACUGUGGUGCUGAUCUUAGGAAGUAGGCAUCUACAUACUGUAACUCAUUAGGUGUUGCAAAUAACAAGUGUCUCUGUAUUUCAUAAAAAACUAAUUUUAGGUUGGUCCUGGCUUUUCUCACUGGGAACUAGUUUUUACAUCUCUUCUUAAUUGCUUUUGAAGUUCUAGCUUCUAGCAUUCUUGAGGGCUCUGGGGCACUUAGCAUUUGUCAGGCUAGCCAGACCAAUCCAGUUGUAAGGAGUAUUCCACUAUUAAUCAGAACUUUCUGGCCAGAUCCUUUUAUUCCUAAACGGUAUACACAGCAGUGAUGGGUUUAAGUAAAAAUUUAAGAAAAGCCUAAUAAUAAUAAUUUUCAAAAUGACCGGUGUGGCCACCCAGUUCUGACUUUUCGAAAGCACCCGUAAUGAAAUUGCAGGUGGUACCAAUUGAAAUAGCAUUGACAUUCUAAGUAAUCACGGAUGCAAGUGUCAUCGUAUUUCUUAAUACUCUUGUGUGGUUGAUUGGUCAGAUCCUGAGUCUGAUCCAUGGCAGUUUUCUUUCUAAUGUUUAGAGUCAUUCCCUCUUUCCUACGACUAAGGAGGCAGAGUGGCCGAGUGGUUGGUGUGCUGGACCUUGCCCCGCCCUGACUGCUAGCUGGAUUUGUUCUAAGUAGUCCUGAGUUUAAAUCGAAAUAGCCAACUGGUUCACCUACUACCAGUUGGGAUUUUUAAUCAUGUUACUUUCCAUUUAAAUUAUUUGUUUCAUUAUCCCUGAAAAGCCCCAUAAGGGGAGAGGAUAAUCAUUAAAUUAUUAUUAUUAUUAUUAUUAUUAUUAUUAUUAUUAUUAUUAUUAUUAUUAUUAUUAUUAUUAUUAUUAUUAUUACCAACCUCUUACCCCAGGGGGUGAAUCACGUGUCGAGGGAGGAAGAUGCUUGUCAGAAAAUAAGAAGUAAAUGAGACCAUUCUCUAGUUGCAGUAAAGACAUGUCAUUGAAUAUUUCUUCUUCUUCUCCUUCUUCUCAUCCUCUUCUGCUUUCUUUCUUUUUUUUUCUACGAGCACUGACCUAAGCAGUACCGGUUUGGGCUAAAACACUUGCAUUCUAAUCUAAGUGAUACUAAAAUACAGUGGCUGCAGUAAUAUUUUUACUGUCCUAAAUGAAAUGACAAACGUCACCACCCCAUUCACUCCCCCAAGCAUCUGCCAUUGAAGCUGUUGAAACAUCUAGACUGGAGUUUGGCAGAUAAAAUUUUUACGGUUGUUUUUGGUUUGUGUGGAUUAAAUAUGAUAAUAAAGAUCUAAGGAAAAUUGCAGAAAAUUAGAAUCCUAAAUCAUAAAAUCCUUCAGAAUCCACUUUAAGCAGUUUCACUGUAUUUCUGUUCAAAGACUCAAUGAAGAACAAGAUGAGCCAUCCUCUCCAACUCUGGCAUCUGUUCCUCUUAUACAUAACAUCCCUGAGUUGAAAGUGAGCCCAGAGGUAUGUAUGCAGACUUAACAUCAUUUAACUGUUUUCUACAAAACGGUGGGUCUAAGGUGCAGGUGACUUUUCCAUACAUCAGAGUACAGGUUACCAUAAUACAGAUAAUUGAAUAGCAUUAAAAGUGUCUCCUAGCCCUAAUCUCUUAACAUAAUGCUCUACUAGAUCGAGAGGAAUCUGUGUGGUUUGGUAAUUUAUCGAUGGAACAGUGACCUGUACUUUAGACACGACAUCUAAAAGAGUACCCCAACCAAAACUUAGGACACAUCUCAAACAAAAAAAUACAGCACCGCCACCUAAAAAAAUGUUGACCUCCAACUCAAAAGUUGGAACUAUAUCACCAAAAUAUCCUGAUGACAAGCCGUGAGCACAUAUAAUUUAGUACUGUAUUUAUGUACUUCAUUUACAUACUUAAUUUCUCUCCAAUGAAAACUUCCAGGUUCUAACUUUAACUGCACAUUACUGAAACAUUUCCAAACAAGACAUUAUUAUAUAGAUACAUGCAGAUGGUCCAAUUAGCAGGGAAGCUUAUAACCAAGGUAAAAUUUCUGUUCACUUAUGGAAGGCUUAUAAGCAGGGGGACUUAUAACUGUUACGGAUUACAACCAGGAAUUUAUGGUAUUUCACUUUAUUACAUUUAUUUCACCAACAACAUAUAUAUGUUACAGCACAAAGUUAAAUUCAGGUUAAAUUUUUUAACCUAAGUUGAUUUUCAAUCCUUUGUCUCCUAGCCCUAAUUCAUAAAUAAUUAGGGCUGUGAGAAAAAGGAAGUUGAGAAUCAACCUACAAUGGUUAAAAAGUUUUAACCUGAAUGUUAUUUUGACCUGUAACAUAUACAACAGAAAUAAAUUGAUUUUCUGGCCAGGACCAUGUAACAGUUGCACCUAACUUUACAAGGUCCCUUGUUCUUGUGGUACCUACAAUGUACAUGUACAUGUAACACUUGUAGAACAAAACAAAUUAUUAGUAGUAUCAUUUCCUCUCAUUUUGCUGGCUCAAUAAAGUUAUUUAUAGUUUUGUAAGCAAGCAUUUCACUAAUCCAUUGUUAGGAAGCUGAGGCCUUAGGAAAAAAGGACGAAGCCAGACUUCUUCGAACUCGCAAGCUUUCACUAAUUGUGGAUCUGGAUCAGACUCUUAUUCAUACAACAAUGGAGCUGAUUCCUGAAGAUAUGGAGGUAUGACACCCUAUGAAUCAUGAAUUAACUUGUUAUUUUUAGAAGUGCUUGUGUGGGUACGAAAAGUACACUCAACUAGAGUGCAAAAACAGGGAAAAGUGGUUACACCUUUUACUAUAUCUUUAAAUCAGAUGGCAUAUAAAUUAUGUCCAAAGACCACACAAUGUGUCACAGGGCACCCAAAGCAUUAAGGUGUUCACAGGCUGCCCAAAUAGGCAAAUUUUAUAUAUAAUUCACCUCUGUUAUUACCAGUAGAUGUAGCAAUGCCCUCUUAAUGCUGUAGCCUACUUGUUUUCCAUGAUCAAUAAUAAUAUUAUUGAUCAUGGAAAACAAAUAAGCUACAGCAUUAAGAGGGCACUGCUACAUCUACUGGUAACGACCAAGGUGAAUUAUAUAUAAAAUUUAUAUAUCAACUUAUUCUAUUGCUAUUUGAAACAUAAUUAUGCUUUAUAGAAAUAAUAGCUUUGACUUUCUGUGAUUACAUAUCUGUUUUUAUUUAUUUGCAAAAUCUUGGUGCCUUCUAUCUGUCAGUGUGUGUGCAUGAUAGGCAUAUUAAACUUUUAACUUUAAAACUUUAUUUUAAUUAUUUUUUGGUGAUAAAGCCAUCCACUAUUUUGGCCGGCUUUUUUUUACCAGUGCACUUGUUUAAAAAAAAGAUUGUAGCAAAAACAUUUUAUAAGGCUAACUUGUUGUCCUUGUUGCUUUGCUGUUGUUCUUGCUUCAUAAAUGUAAAGGCUUUUCGCAUUUUAUGAAAGUCAAAGUUUUGUCGAAAUAUGCAUUGAAAAGGCUUGAAGGAAAACCAGACAUUUCAAGGGUGUUCCCUCUUCUUCAGUGAUUUCAAAAGCAGCUAAAAUGCACGCACCACUUGACAUUCAAAUGGAAAACAACAAUAAAGACAUUUACAUUUUGCAGAGUAACUACAUGUAUGAUGUAAUGCAUAUGCAAUGUAGGAUCUUGUUCACCAUCAAAAUAAUAGUGUUUUUCGCCAUUAAAUAUUCACAGGAUGUUCAUCAUUUUCAACUGCCUGGUUACCCUGUGUGGUACCAUACAAAGAUCCGACCUGGAGCUGUGAAUUUCUUGAAGAGUAUUUCAGAACUGUAUGAACUGCACAUCUUCACCAUGGGAUCAAGAAUGUAUGCUCAUACCAUUGCUCGAAUGUUAGACCCUGAUGGAAAAUUGUUUGCUUAUAGGAUUCGCUCACGAGAUGAAUGCUUCAAUGCAUUUUCCAAAUCCCAUGAUAUGAGGUCAGUACACAAUAAUGCACAUACUAUGUAGUUCUGUGUUCUGUAGUCUCCUUAUUGUUGUUUUCAGUUGUUUAUUCACCUCUUACGAAACAAGGGGACUGGAGCAGAAGUGUGUCCUGCAAUAAUUGUUUCUUGGAUCAUUACUUGGGAUGCACUGGUCAGCUACUGGCCAAUUCUUUUUCCCUGUCUCCAGUAACAGUCCAAGAAGUCUUUGCAAAAGUUAACCCAUUCACCCCUGGAAAUUUUGCUGAAAAAUGCGUUUUGAAGUUAGUCUAGCGGUUUUCUGGUUACUGCCGUGCUAUAUAGAGCUAAAACUUACCAUAAAGCCAUUCUGAUCCAGGUGCAAAAUAUUAGCUUGCAAUGUUCAGGCAUGCACGGAAAGCAAAAUUUCGAGAUAGUGGUUUUGGGUGUAAAAGUGACACUGCAGUCUUUAGGAAGUUUUUAGGAAGGCUUUUAGGAUCUUAGGAUUAGAUGAAAGGAAAGGUUCGUGGGUAGUGAAACAAGAUUUUCAUGGAAUUUUCAUUUCAAUGUUACAUGGUUUUUUGCCUUUUUCUCUGGUGUCCUUGAAUGAAUUGUGCUCAUUCUGGUUUUGUUUGAAAGAUUUCUUCACUCUGCACAAGUUAGCGGACAAAGUUGUCCCUGACCAUUAAAACUUAUCAUGUCACACGUGGUAUCUACACGGGUAAUUAUGGACGGCUCAGGGGUGAACCGGUUAAAUUGGACCACUUUUGUUCUUGUGUCUAAAGUGGUGAAAUAACUUUGAGAUAUAAAUACAUCUUUUAAAGUGAGGCAGAUAGGUCUCUCAGUAUCGCAUACUGCUUCUCCUUGGAGGCAUUAGGCUUUAAAACCUUCCUUGUCCUCCUGCAUUGUCUUCCUGCUUCUUUGACAAAACUAGUCACCUUAGACAGUUUCUCAGUCUGAUCAGUGGCUGUCACUGAUUUAUUUGUUCAGUUAUUGUGGUGGUGAGUCAAUUACUCAGUUGCUCAGUCACCUAGUCCAUUAGUCACUCAGUCAGUCUGUCAGUGUAUUAGUCACGCAGUCAGUCUGGUAGUCAAUUAGACACACAGUCUGUCAGUCAAUUAAUCAGUCAUUCACUCAGUCAGUUAGUCAUUUAGUCACUUAGUCAAGUCAGUCUGUCAGUCAACUAGUCAGUAAGUCACUCGGUCAGUCUGUCAGUCAAUUAGUCAAUCAUUCACUCAGUCUGUUAGUCAUUUUGGCACUUAGUCGAGUCAGGCUGUCAGUCAGCUAGACAAUAAGUCACUCGGACAGCCUGUCAUGGUCAGUCAAUUAGUCAGUCUGUCUCUUCGUUAGUCAAUCAUUCAGUCAUCCGGUCAAUGAGUCACCCAGUCGGUUAGUCACGGACAAUUUUAAGUCACUUGAAUAAAUUCUAAUAACUGAGGGUCUGAUAAUAUAAUUAAUUCUUUUACAGGUCACUGUUUCCAUGUGGUGACAACAUGGUUUGCAUAAUCGAUGAUCGAGAAGACGUCUGGAAUUUCGCCCCUAACCUCAUCCAUGUGAAACCGUAUCAGUUUUUCAAGGGGGUGGGAGACAUAAAUGCCCCACCUGGAUCCACCCCUUCCCCCGAAGAAGAAUUUACGUCCCCUGCAGAAGAAGUUGGUGAAAAGAACAAUCAGGAGAAAGAUAUCGAAGCUGAAGAAGUAAAUUCUCUGGAGACUGAAGAUGUUGCACAUCAAGAGAAGAAUGAUGACACAGUAUUCAAAGACAACAAAAAAUCCGAAGAGACAGAAAUUGACGUAGUCUUGAACGAGAAGAUGAGCUUGGGAAAGUCGGAAGAAAAUGUGGAAGUUACUGAGGACAAAAUACAUCCCGUUGGUGAAGGUGUCGAUGAAAUUAACGCAAAGAAAUCUUCUGUUGACGAUGUUAAAUCAAACGUGGAUUCCUCGAAAGUGCUUGAGAAUGGACAAAGUGAAAAUGCUGAUGACGAAACGAAACCUGAAGAAUCUAACGAGACCAAAGAAAUAAAUCAAAAUGAUAAGGAGGAGAACGAAGAGGGUGAAAAGAACAAUAACGGUGAUACAAAAGGUGAUAACGAACAAACCACUUCGAUUUGCAAUGAUGAAAUAACAGGCGAAACACCUGAGAAGAGUUGCGAGGGAGGUGAGUGUUGCUUUCGGAAGAUGAUUUUUCGAACAGCACAUGAGCAUGAUGGCGUUAAUUUGCUUAAGAAUUCUUCAGUUUUGUUGUUUUCUUAUGUGUAAGUGUAGUGUAGUGUGAUGUGGAGUAGUGAUGUUACGUUUCGUGUCAUUUUGUGUAUUAAAAUGUAGUGUAUUGUAGUGUGAUGAAGUGUAGUGUAGUGUAGUGUUGUGUAGUGUUGUGUAGUGUAGUGUUGUGUAGUGUAGUGUAGGGUAGUGUGGUGUAGGGUAGGGUAGUGCAGUGUAGUGUAGGGUAGGGUAGUGUAGUGUAGUGUAGGGUAGGGUAGUGUAGUGUAGUGUACUAGGGUAGGGUAGGGUAGGGUAGGAGGGAACUAGACUGAUGUCGCGUUUUUGUUUCUCGUUAAUUUUUUAUUUAUUUUUUCUUUAGUGCAAACAAAGUUCAAGAAAUCACAAAAGUACUCGUACGAGUUCGGUGAUGGUGAUGACGAUUACCUUCUUCACCUCGAGGACGUUUUGAAACGAGUACACGAAGUGUUUUAUAAGACUUUAGACGAGAUAAAGUCUAUUUCUGCCGAAGAACUCAAAGGUAAUCCAAACUCUACAAGCGGUGUUAAGUACUGCACCCCUGGAACAACUACCCCGGAUGCAAAAGCCAUUGUGACUGAACUACGCCGUGAUGUGUUACUCGGGGCGAACAUUGUAUUUACUGGAGUUAUUCCUACGUCUACUAAGCAAGAAGAGAGUUAUCCUUGGCGUGUUGCGUGUGCGCUCGGCGCCAAAGUAAGCAACACGAUUGUAACACCCAAGGACACGACAAACCCUAGUGACGUAACCACUCACGUGAUUGCGGGGAGAUUAGGCACGGAGAAAUCAUACCGGGCGGUUAAAACCCGGGGAGUUAAACUUGUGAAUCCCGGCUGGCUUUUGUGCUGUUCCGAGCGCUGGGAAAGGGUGGACGAGCGUUUGUUUCCUGUAGAGGGCUUAGAGAAAUACAAACAACAGAUUCGGGAUCAAGGUACCCCUCGCGGGACUCCCCGGGAUACUGUAAUGGAAAAUGAUGACUUAGGUACGGGUGAUACUGGUGAGGACGCGGAAAACAAAACUAGAUCUGAAUCUGUUAGCAGCGUCGACAUUCUUAUGUCAACUUUAAACCCUUUACUGUCCUUUUCGCCGUCGGAAGUAGAGGCAAUGGACAAGGAAGUGGAGGACCUUAUGAACGCUAGCGAUGAAGAAAGCGACUUGAUCGGAAGCGUGUCGGAUUCGAGUAGUUCUUCGGAUUCCGAAGACUCUAAGUCGACGAGUAAAAGAAAGCGCGGUGAGGAGGAAGAAUCGCAGGAGGACGCCAAUAAUGAAUCUCCAAGUAAAAAAAGAAAAGUUAGCGACGAUGUUGACGAUGAUGAAGUAAAAGAUAUUGAUAACGACAACGACCACGAAGGAGAAGGGGGAUCAGAAGAUUCAAGCAAGUCUGAUUCAGAUGACGAUUAUACACAUCGCUCCUCACCGAGCGAUGAUGAUGACGAUAUGGCGGCCAUGUUAGAUGCGGAGUUAGCACAAUCAUAA